GAACCUGCCCGCUACACCCCCGGUACACCCCCCAUCUCCACCACCUCCCCUUCGCUAUGUCAUUCUCCACUAACCGCAUGUUCAUCAAAAGAGCCGCUCGCACUCCCUCAAACAUCUAACAUCCUCCGCACGGUGAGGACCGACCUGCUCUCCGCCGUCCCGGAACAACGCGCGAGCCCGGAGAGAGUUGGACAAUCCGCAGGUAUAGUCGCAGUGCCUCUCCGACGCUCGGCCGACAUGCUGGGAAUCUGCGUGUGUCUUUGUGCGGUUUUCACUCACGUUCUGUCUCAGGAGGCUGAGGAGCCCAUCUCCUACACAUGUACAGAAGGGUAUGAGUAUGACAGAGUCAGAGAGCAAUGCAGAGACAUUGACGAGUGUGCCCUAUUACCCGACGCCUGCAAAGGAGGGAUGCAGUGUAUUAAUCACUUUGGUGGAUACCUCUGCCUUCCCAAGAGCGCCGUCAUCCUUAUCACUAAGGAGGGUGAGCAGGCGGUGCCUCGUGACCCCGUUCCUCCUGCUCCCGCUCUUCCAGCAAACCCGCCUCCGUUCACACAGGUGAUUUCAGGAGGGAACAGUGGCAGCUCCUCGACGGUGAGCCGGACCACUCGCUGUACCCCCGGAUUCACUGCCGAUGAGCAGAACAUGUGCAGAGACAUAGACGAAUGCGCGACGGGCAGAAACACUUGUGGCUCUGAACAGACGUGCUUCAACACCAUCGGCUCCUACGCCUGCCAGUGUCCUCCGGGCUACCAGAAGAAUGGAGAUCGCUGCGUCGACAGAGACGAGUGCGUCUCAAGCCACUACUGCAUGCACAGAUGUGUGAACACCCAGGGCUCCUACUACUGCGAGUGCAACGCAGGUCACAAGUUGGCCAGCAACAACCACAGCUGUGUCGAUGUGAAUGAGUGUGAGGCGCAGAGUCCCUGUCAGCAUCACUGCUACAACCUGAUCGGCUCCUUCCUCUGUCAGUGUGAGCAGGGCUACGAGCUGGCACCAGACAUGGUCUCCUGUCAAGACAUCGAUGAAUGCAGCCUGUCCAGCUACAUGUGUCAGUACCAGUGUGUGAACAACCCGGGAAGUUACUUCUGUGAGUGUCCUCAAGGGUAUCAGCUCCAGGGAACCAGGCUGUGUCAAGAUAUAAAUGAGUGUGAGACAGGGACUCAUAACUGCCAAGAUGAUGAAAUGUGCUGGAACUAUUACGGAGGCUUCCGCUGCUAUCCCAGAAACCCCUGCGAGGCGCCUUACAUCCAAACCUCCGAAAACCGCUGCAUCUGUCGCUCUCAGAACGACUGCCAAGGCCUCUCGCCCUCCAUCGUCUACAAAUACAUGAGCAUCCAGGCGGACCGCACCGUGCCGGCAGACAUCUUCCAGAUCCAGGCCACCAACAUAUACACCAACACACACAACACCUUCAGGAUCAAGUCUGGGAACGAGGCGGGAGAGUUUUUCCUUCGACGUUCCAGUAACGUGAGUGCCAUGCUGGUGCUCACCAAGCCUUUGUCAGGCCCCCGGGAGUACAUUGUGGACCUGGAGAUGGUCACUCACCAUCUGACCAUGAACUACCGCUCCAGCUCAGUGCUGCGGCUCACCAUCAUCGUGGGACCCUACGCCUUCUGAGCAGCGCCGCUUCCAGCAUGAGUCUGGCUCAGCCACCAUAGCAGUGUAACACAGCAGACGCCUGUAUCAGCCUAACAUACUUUACAUUUUCAUACAAUGCAUUCAACCUAUAGCAUAGGAUGCCUUACACUCAAAACAGCAGCACAGCAGGUCCGAUAUGUUUGCCCAUGUUACACCAUUUAAAUGCUUUAUUGAGGUUCUGGUUAACAGUUUUGGCAUCUAUUUUUUUUUAUUUUAUGUUUCAAGUUGAAUUGUUUCUUACAGAUUUUUGAAGUGCCUGAAAAAACAAAAGUCGAAUUGAGUAUUUUCAUUUGCAAUACUAUUUUACAAAUCCAUUGUUGACAGUGCAGUGGGGAACUUGGGAGCAGACUCCUCGUGCACACACAUUUUCACUGGGAUGAAUUUUCAAAGCAGCUCGACCCAAAACUGCUUUUCACAUCCAGCGUGUGUGUGCAUGUGUGUGUGUGUGUGUUUCGCAAGAAAGAGAGAAAUCUAUGCAAACACAAUUAACAGACCUUGUAAAUCAAAGCUUCUGUUGAUAAA